ACAUCGCGGAUGCAGUGAAACCUCCAAGGAGAAGAAGAAGAAGAUGAUGAUGCGCAACAACUUCUUCUUCGUGUGUGUUUCCUCCGGUUGAGGGCAGGAAUCCCUCUGUCGUGUUGCUAAUCGGCUGUCAUUCUUAAAGAAGAAGUUUCCAAUGCAACAGCUAGGCAUCAACAUGCCUGCUGCUGUGAUUAUGGAGGAAAACUUUGAUAAAUUAUUAGAGCAGUGUGAAUCUCAAGAGCUCGAGGCUCCAGGGGGCAUCGCAACACCUCAGGUGUACGCUCAGUUGCUGGCUCUCUAUUUACUUCAUAAUGACAUGAAUAACGGCAGGUAUCUCUGGAAACGGAUACCCCAAGCAAUAAAAUCGGCUAACCCUGAGUUAGCGUCUAUUUGGGCUGUUGGCCAACGCAUUUGGCAGCGAGACUUUCCGGGGAUCUACACAACCAUAGCAGCGUACCAGUGGUCAGAGAACAUCCUUCCGGUCAUGGAGGCUCUUCGAGAGAGCACACGGCAGAGGGCGUACAGCCUCGUGGCCCAGGCAUACACUUCCAUCGCAGCAGACGAUUUUGCCGCCUUCGUGGGGUACUCUGUGGAAGAGGCCGUAAAAGGUGUGGUGAGCCAGGGCUGGCAGGCGGACCCCACCACCAGGAUGGUGAUGCCCAAAAAGCCCGAUCCUCCCCCUGUCUCAUUGGUUCCAAAUGAGCAGCAGUUGGCCAGACUCACUGACUACGUGGCUUUCCUCGAGAACUGAUAACCCGACACAACCACCACUGAUGUUGCUCGCUCGGUACAAAGGGAGAUUACAAGUUUGGAUAGACUCUUCCUCCGGUCUGGCUCCCUGAUAGAGAUGUACCCAAAACACACCCGUCAUCUCGCAUGAAUGCUGCAAUCUCUUCCCCGAGACCUGCCUGUUUAUGUUCAUCGGCAAAUACAGCUUCCCCCAUUUCAAAAUCAGAUAUCUCUCAAACACAGUGAUGAAUUAUAUUCUUUUCUCUCUCUGCAGCCCAGCUGAUGGGUUGGAAAGAUUUGGGUCUGAUUUCAAAGGAGAAACGUCUUUCUCAUCCCUGUCAGUACGUAACCUACCAGACCCUUCUCACACAAUAGAAAAACACAAGCUAGUAUCUACACCUGGUCCAUUUUUUACCACUUAAUGGUCAUUUUGAAACCCCUUUUGUCAGGUAACAGAAGUCUUGACAUGUAUUGCUUAGCGUGUGGAUUUUAGUCCUCAGACUUUAUAUUUUGACGUUUAUGUUUUGACUGGUGAAUAAAUAUUUUGCUAUUUCCAA